CUAGUUGCUAGUUUAAAUAGUGCUUUGUCCGCGCUUUUUCCAUCGCGAUUCUAGUCCCUUUUCUUUUGACUCCUUUUGGUUUCACCAUUCGAGGUUCUUAUAAUCCGUAUUCCUCCAACGUUCGUUUGCUCAUCACUCGUAUCCGAAUGAUGCCAUCCGUGGUUCUGUCCGUCCCCAACGGUAUUCGACAUCUUGCCAUUCGUCUCUAAUUGGCCAACCCUCGGUUUCCAUUUUCGUCGCGGACGUCACCAUCGCCGUCAUUCGUUUCUUAUAAAACUACCUGAAGAAUACAAUAUUACUGCACAAUUAAAGAGGAUUCACCAUGUCGACUGGGAUCGUCUCGCCGUUUCAGAUCCCCAGGAAGCACCUGGAGGACCUGGCAAACAACAAUGCCUUCACUGCGGUGAGGGAACACUUGCGCCGCCAGGAAUUGGGAAUGGAUGCUCCUAGCUUUUGCUCUCACCAUCGCGACUCCUGCUCCCACCAAGACCAAGAGUCUUUCCGUCUCCACCGCGACAUCAUCCACACCCUCCUCGUCCCCUUAUUCCUCCUGCACACCCAGGCCUCGCGUAUUGCGACUAGUGUCCUCCCCAGCUCGCGCGCCACUGAGCCUGAACGCGCUUUCAAGGGCGAAGCCCGCAGUGCAUAUGCAUGGCUGCACUGCAUCCUGAGCGAGGAGCAUGAUUGGUACCUGACUGAACGUUGCCCCGCCUGCAUUGUGCUGCAUGUGAUGCACUCCGAACCCACCAUCAGAUUCAUCGCGGUUGCGUGCCUCCUUUCCGGUCACCUCCAGGGCCACGACGUGCCUGUUGGAAAGAGACGUCUUCCGUCCUUCGACUUUUGGCUCGAGACGUUGGAGACUGCUGUUCGCGAGGAUACCUUCUGGGGAGACGACUUCUGGCCCGAGAUUGAAUACCGUGCCUGCAGCCUGACCGACGGGGUCAAGCAGCUGGCGAUGCAGUGUCUGGAUCUGCAGUCUACCGCAGAGCAGCAGGAGUUUGAACAGUCGCAAACCCAAGUACACACCGUUAAGCAGACCAACUGUGCCUGGAAGCAAGUGCCAGUUGCUGCCGAAGACCAAAAGCGUCUUAAGAUGAACAACUGCUUCAUGCAAAGCCGCCGUCACCAGCGAUUCCAUGUCCGCAGCGUUGACUCUCGGAGAAGAAACAUGACGUGAAUCAUUUGCGCGCGAGACCACUUUUGGUCUUGCUUGCUAUUCUUAUAACUCCUUUGCCAAAGUCGUCAAUGGCACGGCUUCACAACAUACUCGCUUCCGAAAUAUGCAAGGCACCAUCCUAAGCCUACGCAGCGAGCACCGACUCGGAGACCGACGUAUCGACUGGGUCGAUAUUCUUCGUUUCUCGGUCCGUCUCCCACGCUUCCGUCUCAUUGAAGCAACUCAAUGACCACACGUCGACACGCAGCAUCUGAGACUGCAACCCCUGCGUCGAUACGGGCAGCACGACAUCAGAAGUGUGGAGGAAGUUCUCUUAACGAGACACGACAGCGACCAUGGUCGCGAGGAUCUGAAUUGUUUUCAGUUCCGGUAAAAACUCUACCUACAUACCUAAUUGUCUAAUAUCAGUAAUCACAAUAAUAAUAACCUACAAAAUAUUCUUCUACUCCAUC